AGUUUUUGAAAAUAGCCCGCCUACGAAUCGGCCACUUUUCAUGUUCUGUAUGCUAAUGCUGUGAAGGCACUCAAUUCAUCAACGGUGUGUCGUUUAGUGUUUGAAAAAGGCACAACUAUUUGUACAUACUGUAAACAUCCUCAAGCUUUUAUUGUUCGACCCCUGAGACUUUGGUUGUGUUCCCUUCCAGUCCUGUUAUUUUAAAUCUGUGUACAUGUGUCAAAGCGUGUGUGUUAGUACCCUCUCCGGUGUUUUCAUUAUCUCAUGCCCUACCCCGAGAACACGACACACUUGAUCACAUGAAUACAUUGCUAAGCAAUUACAGCAAAGUUCGAUUGUUUGAUCUAGCUAGUAACAGCUGUCAUAUCUUUUACAGUGUUCAUGCUUUAAAGAUUGUCCCAGGCUAGUGAUAUUUAGACAGUAGAGAUUUGCAAAUGACCUACAAAUAUAAACCCACAACCCCACACAUAGUCAAAUGAUGUACAACUGCUUACUACCCAAAAAUUCUAUUACUUCUUCUGUCAUCUUCAGCAAAUCCUACUUUGGCUACGAUUAUGUAUACCAUCAAGGGAUAUCCCAGAUCCAUUCACGUAAUUGGACGUCUAAUACCGUCAUUCCGUCAAUGGCAGCCAAUGAGUUAACACUUAUGAAUGAAUAAAUACAUUAUUGAAAACAAUCUUUUAUAUGCCUGAUUCCGAGUCUCUGAAAAACGUGAUCGGGCCUGAUUUAUGACGCAUUAUCAGAUCGGAGACACUGCUAAUAAAUACUGAAGGCUUUCCAUAUUUGCAAUAUGUUUUCAUGUAAUGGACAGAAUAUAUCAUGAGGAGAAAGUUGAGCUCAGUUGUGCCUUGUUGAAUGGAGCACUCCAUUUUUCUUUGGUAAGGCAACAUUGGUGCAGGUGGUAGAGUCGCCGUCAUCCUUUGGUGUGCGAAGGCGAGCGAAAGUAUACAGUAUAACAUGCCUGUCAACUCGUACGAUUUGCCUGUAUUUUCUAGGGGAUUUAUAAUCUUUUGAAAGGAUAUGACGUACAGUAAAAAAUCAGAAUGGAAAACACAAAAGUAAAUAAAAAAAAAAAAAACUGAACAUAUAUAUUGUAGCGUCUAUAAGGACAACUUUAUUAGCGAACACGACUAUUGUAAUCCGUAGCCGACGUCAACAAAGAAAAACUAACAACAACCUCUGCACUCCCGAAAACUCGUCCAGCCCUCCCCUCUCUCUUCAAUCAGUCACGUGGUGCGUUUACAGACAGCAUGUAAAACAAAACACUCCACACAUCAAGUAUGUUUCCAUACUCAACAAUGGACUGAAUGCAAAGCCCCUCCUCCUUGGAAAACUUGAAAUUCUCUCAGUGAUAGUGACUGAUUUAUGGAUGAUGACGGGGUUCAGAUUUCAGAAUUUGCACUACCACAGCUGGAAGUAUCAAAAGUUUUCGGCGUCGAAUUUUCAGUCACAUCUCUUAUUAUUACGAUUUGUAUUUAUAAUUUAUUUGUUUUGCUAUGAGUAAUUGUUAUUUGCAAUUGUACCAGCAGUAUUUAUAAAGGAUUUAGCAUACGUUUUCGGGCUGUGAAACAUAUUAAUCAAAUUAUAAUGUAUUCUUAUGGGAAAAUCCAGCUCGACAUAUGACCAUUUCGACUUACAAACCAGGUCCUGGAAUAAAUAAAUUUCAUAUGUAGAGGUACAAUUUUAUUGUCACACACCUACUUUUCACAUACCCUAGGGUUUGUGUCACCAAAGCAUAGUUUGAUUCAUACCAAACAUUAAUUAUGUCUUGCUCAGUUGUCCCUAACUUCCCAUAUUUAUAUCUCUGCGAGUGAGAGAGCGGGAGCUGAGUUAAGUGGGCGUCUGGCGGGUUACAAAUAACGCGAGUCUUGCAGAUCAGCUGCAACCGAAGAUAAGGGAGGAAACCGCCAACAGAUGAAAGACAGUCAGAUCAAGUGGGAUCCGAGCAACGUGAGAGAGGGACAGCCACUCCCUACCGAUCUUGAACCCUCUACAUCUGAGCAGAGCUGGCGAUGGGGUGUUUCCCCCCGUAGCGGCUUUCCCACAGCUUCUGUGACAGAUCGCGAGAGCCUGUUGCCUGGAUACCUGAAUUGUGUUGCGGCUGCAGUGGGAAAGCCAAGACUGAAUGAAGCGUGUAUGUUUGUCGGCGGGCGCCGCUGCCAUGGGAAAAGCACCGCCGACUCUUUCGAUGGCUCUCUCGCUUUCCUCACUUACUGGCUGACUUGCUGACACGGCACGUAUGAAUAAGUAAGGAAAUCCCCCUGAUACAGUGACUUUUCCUAGACUCUGCGGGAGGAGGUGACCGGAAUCUUGCCAUGGGGAAGAGGACUACGGUUUGGUAGACAGAAGGAAAUUGUCAGAUUACCGGGAAUACCACCCGCAAAUUUUGGAAGAGAAGGGAGGGUGGAAAUUUCGGUUUGUAGCAUAUUAGAUACAGACCCUAAGGACUGCUUGGGCUAGUUGGGUUUUAGAAGAUAACCUGUGCGUGGGUCAUGCAGGUCCAGUAUUCUGCUCCACAUUGCAAAUCGUCCACUUUCGUCCUCAAUGAAAGAUGCGCACUGGCAUCCAAAAUGGAAAUCCAUCGUGAACAGAGUAUCUGCCAGGCGCGAGCUGCUGUUAUGGUAUACGAUGAUGCCAAUAAGAAGUGGGUGCCGGCGGGCGGCUCGACUGGCUUUAGCAGAGUCCACAUCUACCACCACACUGGAAACAAUGCCUUCCGUGUGGUCGGCCGUAAAAUUCAAGAUCAUCAGGUGGUGAUAAACUGUGCCAUUCCUAAGGGGUUGAAGUACAACCAAGCCACACAGACCUUCCACCAGUGGCGAGAUGCUCGGCAGGUCUACGGCCUGAAUUUUGGCAGCAAGGAGGAUGCCAACGUGUUUGCCAGUGCCAUGAUGCAUGCCCUGGAAGUGUUGAACUCCCAGGAGACAGGUCCCACAUUGCCCAGGCAGUCCCAAAAUGUUCAGAAUGGCCCUGCGCAAGAGGAAGUAGAUUUUCGAAGAAGGCAGCUCCAGGAGCUCCAGAAGCAGAAGGAGAUCGAAAAGGAGCGCCAGGAACGCGAAUGUCAAGAACGGGAGCGUCAGGAAAGGGAGCGCCUGGAGCGAGAGAUGCAAGAGCGAGAACGUCAGGAGCAGGAACGUCAAGAACGGGAGCGUCAGGAAAGGGAGCUACGCGAAAGAGAGGCGCAGGCCGAGAGGGAGCGACUGGAGCGUGAGCGUCAGGAGCAGCAGGAGCGGAUGGAGAGGGAGAAGGUGGAGAGAGAGAGGCAGGAAAAGGAGCAGCAAGAACAGUUGGACAGAGAGCAGCAAGACUGGGAAAGAGGGAGACGCAUCUCGAAUGCUGCAUUUGAAAGCACUCUGUACAGUCCCACUCCUCAGGAGUAUAGCAGAACAUCAUCCACGCCCACAUCUCCAUCCGCACAUUCAAUCCCGGGAGGCGUUUUGUCCUCCUCCACGACACCCCCUACACCGCCAUUAAGGCACUCUGCGUCCCGUUUUGCCACAUCGCUUGGCUCGGCCUUCCACCCUGUCCUUCCCCACUACGCCACUGUUCCAAGGAGACAGCAGGCGUUCUCCCAGGUACCACCUCCUGCUCCGGCUCCGGUCCCCAACCCUGCCGCCGCAGCCAAGUCUGUGGUGUGUUCAGCGUACAACUUCACACCUUUGCCCCCGUCACCUCCGGUCAUGAUCAGCAGUCCACCAGGGAAGGCUGCCGGCCCACGGCCUCUCAUCCCCAUCGCGGCCCCGUCUCCGCUCUCCCAGAAGUCCACCUCGCCGUCUCCCAACGGCCCACCUAUGUUUCCUGCCCCUUCCCCGGUCACCAUCUUGCCACACAGCCACCCUGCCGGCAUAGCCUGCCCCACCCCUCCGCCACCGCCAACCCCGCCACCAUUCACUUCUUCGUGCGUCUCGUCUCCCCCCUCCUCAUCCCAUGCUCCUGGUUUGCCCUCUCCCUCCACAGCGCCCUCUGUCACUGCAGUUGCGUCCACCGAGCACCUCACCCUCCCUCUGGGCCAGGGCCCGUCAAGCCCAGGGGAUCCAGACACAGCAGCAGCAGGCCAAGAAACCCACAAACUGCAUUCAGGGUCCUCUGAUCUGCCUCAGCCCCAGGAUAUUGUUCAGCCGGCGGGGCUGACCACACCCACCCCUCCCCCACCUCCACCCCUGCCACCCGGUUCUACUGUGACAUCUGUGGCUGCCACGCCGGCCGCCACCCCCACCACACCGUCAGGACACCCUCCCCCACCGCCGCCUCCACCUCUUCCUCCUUCAUUGACUCCGACCGGGACCCCUACCAGCCCGCCCGGGCAGCCUCCUCCUCUCGGAACACCAACACCUCCCCCGGCACCUCCCCUUCCCGCCGGUCUAUUCUCUCCUGUAGAAGACCGUCCCUCCUCAGGGUUGGCUGCCGCCCUCGCAGGAGCCAAGCUCCGCAAAGUGCCAAGGAGUGAUGAUGCAGGGGCAGCUCUGGCAGCAGCCCUGUUGGGGACAGUCGGGGGUACGGGGGCCAAAUCGGAGUCGAGAGGCAAUGGCCCUCUACCUGGAGGAGGCGGGCUAAUGGAGGAGAUGAGCGCACUUUUGGCAAGAAGAAGAAGAAUUGCCGAGAAGGGCUCUUCACCUGAACCCGACCAGAGAUCGGAGGAGGGUGAGGUAACCACGACCCCGAAGGUGUCAGCAUGUAGCACGCCAGACAUGCCAAGGAAGCCAUGGGAAAGAACAAACAACAGUACUAUGAAUGGUAGCAAAUCACCAGUUAUAGGAAGACCUAAAUCUACUCCAACACCUACUGCAUCCUUAAGUGCCAAUGGUGUGCCAACAGAGGUUGUUGACUAUGACAGAUUGAAACAGGACAUUCUGGAUGAGAUGAGGAAGGAGCUGUCGAAGCUAAAAGAAGAGCUCAUUGAUGCAAUCAGGGAGGAACUCGGCAGGUCCAGUACGGCAUAGAUGAUCCAUACACCUUCUACAAACCCAAUCCCCUUCAGUCACUCAAAGACAAUACAGCCGGCCACGAUCAAGAUUAACAUAGUAGCGAUGAUGACAAUGAAGACAAAAAAAAAAAAAAAAAGAAACACAUAUACCUACGAGGGCACAGUAUUUGGAGUGGAGCAACAUAAUCCUGAGUGAUGUUUGUAUCACUUUCCCUCAACCCUCCUGCAAAGGACAUCGCAUCCUGGAGGACUCAGGAGUCUGAAAGAGAAGUGCAUGUCUUAAUGCAAAUGAUUUUUGCAAGGGAAAAAAGAACUCUUCAAAGAUACUGUAAAGACCAUUGGUGCAUAAGAAAAUCAGAAGUCAUUCUAGUCAUUUUUCUAUCAAAGGCACGUUUUAUUAAGAGCAGGAAUAUAAAGUAUGGAUGGAAAAUUCCCCACAAACCCCCUCCCGUAUUGCCAUAGCAGUAGCGUGCGUGUGUGUGUAGGGGUGAGCAAAUGAGUGUGAAUGAAUGUGAAUGGGGCGCUCGGCCACUGCCGGAUGCUCUUACGCUCGUCUUCCUCAAAUGCUAUUUUAACCUAAAUAUGUACAAAAAGAGAAGAAAUUAUUUAGAAAACCAUGUACCUGUUUGAGCCUGUUGAUCGAAGGCCAUAUCAAGUAGCUCCAUAAUCAUCAUCAGACAGAGGUGGGUAGUAAUGCGUUACAUUUACUUGACUAACUUUUAAGCUAUACUUUUCACUUUUACUUGAGUAGAUUUGUGAAACAAAAACGCUACUCUCAUUCUGCUACUUUUUUCCUCUUUAUUCUGAGAAUUACUUGUUUUUGCCAUAGAACCUCACAAUGGCUCUACCAGUUUCACCAAUGAGAGGUCGCGACACUAAUCACAUGACUUCGUUAUACCAAUCAGACAUCACAAUACAGCAAUGGUGGAUGGAUGAAGUACUCACUUUUUUACUUAAGUAAAAGUACAAGUAUCUAAGAAAAAAAUUACUCAAGUGUAAGCACUAAAGUACUUGCUUUAGUAUUUACGAGUAAAAAGUAAAAGUAUUUUCUCCCGAUGCAAAAAAUAUGUGAUAUAUGAGAUCUUAGUCAAUAUUCAAAGAAAGAAACAGAAAAUUAAUUGAUGCUCAGUUUUAUUUUUUGCAAAAUGGUGGAAAAAGUAAUGAAAUUGACUGCACUGUAAUCAGAACCCUAACAAUCUCAAAAACUACAAAAUUUAGUUUAAUGGCAUAUUGCAAGCAACUAUCAGGUGAAUACCGCCACUUACCGUGCAAGAGAGUAGUGGUUUUUAAUGGUCAAUAUCUUGUUUACCUGCCUAAUCUUUCUUGUACACGUGUUGCUGCCUGUAGUGCUCAACUACGGUAUAGUAGCACGGGGCUGAUCGAUUGUGCCAGAGGCAUGAAAACAAAACUGUCAAUUCACAAUGUGAAAAAAACCUAAACUAUUGUGUAACGCAGGCAACAAUUUGAAAAGUAGUGGCAUGAAAGUACAGAUCGUGCUGUAAAAUGUAGUGACGUAAAAGUAAAAAGUACCACUUCACAUGUGUACUCAAGUAAAGUACAGCUACCCAAAAAUGUACAUAAGUACAGUAACAAAGUACUUUGACUUCAUUACAUUCCACCACUGCACUAAAACCACCCAAACAUUUAUAAGUUUUCCUAUUUUAAUGAGGAUAGCAUGCAAACAAUACAUUGUUUGCAUACUAUGGAGUAGACAGUCCACAACCCAGAGGUUGUAGGUUCAGUUCUCCACCCUGAUGAACUCGUCUAAGUAUCCUUGAGCAAGAUAUUUAACCCUCAAAUGUUGCUCAAAGCACUUACAGUGGUAUGAAAAAGUAUCUGAACCUUUUGGAAUUUCUCACAUUUCUGCAUAAAAUCCUCGUCAAAUGUGAUCUGAUCUUUGUCAAAAUCACACAGAUGAAAAUACAGUGUCUGCUUUAACUAAAACCACCCAAACAUUUAUAGGUUUUCAUAUUUUAAUGAGGAUAAUAUGCAAACAAUGACAUAAGUAUUGUUUGCCUUUUGGAAUUUCUCACAUGUCUUCAUAAAAUCCUCAUCAAAUGUGAUCUGAUCUUUGUCAAAAUCACACAGAUGAAAAUACAGUGUCUGCUUUAACUAAAACCACCCAAACAUUUAUAGGUUUUCAUAUUUUAAUGAGGAUAGUAUGCAAACAAUGACAGACGUAUUGUUUGACAGUAGUAUUGUUUGUCAAUUUUUGUCCAAUUCUUUGGCCGUAUAUGGUCAUGUAAUAGAUUGAGGUAUAAUGACAACAGUUCACAUAGAUGACAUUGUUACUCAUUAUUUGAGUAUUCUUUUCACUGAAUACGUUUUUAAUUGUACUAGAUUACAUUUUUUGGAUGACUACUUUCACUUGAGUAAUAUCACUCUGAAGUAACGCUACGCUUACUUGAGUAAAUGUUUUGGCUACGCUACCCACCUCUGUAAUCAGAUUGCAUCUAUUCAUCCUACAGUAUGUUUCUGUUGAUUGGCAAGGGAAGCUGCAUGUCAGACAGCAGCCAUGGUAGCUCUCUAGCAAGCAAAAAGUGCUAUUUUGCUCACAUCCAUCAUGCUACUUCAGCAUGGUCACUGUAGAUCGGACUUAAAAUGUCCUUCCUCUAUGUCCUGACUGUACCUCCUUAUUUUCAAAAUUGUAUCUUUUCUGUUUGAAAGUAAAUUUGCCAAGAAAAUUCAUCCAUUUUCAAAUUUAUAAUAAGCAAUAAGUGUAGCAUCUAUUGUAACGCCCCUUCAAACAUGUUUGUGAAUGGAAAGUUAUUUUGUGCAGUGACGUCGCAAGGUUUGUUUGCUCACUAAAGAGCACGAUUUCAUGGAUCAACCUAAUUUCCGUCUGUAAGAUCCAAUCAUUCUGUAUCUUUGGUGUCAUUUGAUGUUGGAAUGAUUUUUGUCUGAUUUUUUUUUCAUUUUCCACAAAAAUGUACUACUCGAGUACAAUCUUUUGUGUGAAGUGUUUUCAAGGAUGUCGACGUGCCAUUCAGUCUUUCACCCGUGCGUGCUUACAAUUUUUUUUUUUUGCCUUAAGGUAACACAAGAAAAUCUUAAGAUAAUUUAGGUAAACAUGUUUUUACUCAUAUUUUGACAUAAUUUAAUGAGCUCAAAAGCCAUGGUCCAAACUAUAGAAAAUUUUGUACUAAUUCCGUUCACUAAGUAUUCAACUGCGUCAAACAUACAGUAGACACAAAACAAUGAAAUAAUCUGCAGAACACAAUUGAAAUUUGUGGAAAAAUAUCUUCUAAAUGUAAGCCAUAAAUUUGCCAUACUGGGGAAAUUUUUUGUUCAAGUGAAUUUUUAUCUGUUGAAUGGUUGUUUUAGCCUGAAGUGUCAAAAGAAUGUGUAUACUAUUGUGAAGGUUAAACAUUCAUAAUUAUUAUAAACUUUAUAUCUACUGUUUGAAUCUAUUUCAUAGCCAAAACAUCACAUUUCCUUAAAAUUGUCUAAUAAAAUCAGAAAUAUGCCUCAUUUAAAAAAUAAAAAAUAAAUGGAAUGUU